CGAGAGGGAGAAAAAAAACCUGAGGUGGUGACAUAUCACGGAAGGAAAGAAAUACAUCUAAUUCAGAGACGGGCUCUUUGUUGAGCAGUAAUGGGAUGUUCCAGCCCAGUGCCUGUGCAUUUUUCCCAGUCCGGGCUGUCGCUUUAAGACAACGAUAGCUUUGUGUCUGAUUAAUUCAAUGUACGGCGACACGUUAGUGGGAGAAACCUUAUUAGACUGCCAACCACACACGGAGAGAGCAGAGAGAUACUGAGCAGACCCCGAGCGGCACUUUUCCCUUUUAAAAAAAAAACGAAACAAACACCUGAAGUUAUUUUUAAUGUUAAACCGUGGGUGAGUGUGUGUGUUUGUUUGUUUUUUUUUUAAAGAUGAAGACAUCUUGAGGAUGGGUUGCACACGUUUGGAAUAAAAGUCUGCAUCACCGCGCAGGAGAAGGAGGGAUUGUUCACCACCAGCUGGAGUUUAAAAAAAAAAAACAUACAUCCCAUCAGAGGAGAGGACAGAAGAUAAGAAGGAAUGUCGUCGGAAAAACACGGUCUUGAUGACUCUGGCCGUCAGACCAUGCAGCCUCCUCCGUACCUCCCCGGCCCCCAAGACCCCAACGUACCCCAGCACCCCAACAUGCCUCCUGCGCCGGGUGCCCAGCCCAGCUACCCUCCUCCGCCCCCUCCCCCGGGCUCCGAGGGCUACCUCCAAGAAACCCAGUUCCACUGUGGCCCACUGGGACCUCCUGGAGCCCCGCAGGGCUACACCGUCCAGACCCAGGGACCCGGAGGCACCAUGCCUCACCCCCCAGUAGGAUACCUCCACCCGGGCUACCCGCUCCAGCUACAGCCCUGCACGGCUUACGUACCCGUCUACCCCAUGGCAUCGGGUCAGCCCUACAUGCCGGCCGGAGGAGCCCACCCGGGAAUCCCACCGGGCCAGAUUCAUCCCAUGCAGAUGCCGCCCAGCAUCACUCUAAUGGACCGUCGGCCGCCACAUGACUACCUGCCCAUCGCCGUGCUCACCACCGUCUGCUGCUUCUGGCCGACAGGCAUCAUUGCGAUCAUCAAAGCAGUGCAGGUGCGUACGGCGAUAGCCAGAGGGGACAUGGUGACAGCGGAAAUAGCCUCCCGCGAGGCGCGCAACUUCUCCUUCAUCAGCCUGGCGGUCGGCAUCGCCUCCAUUGUGCUGUGCACCAUCCUCACCGUGGUGGUCAUCAUCGCCUCGCAGCACCACGACGACGACUGGGAGCCGUAACUCCACCCAAACGGGGGAAAUCAUGGCAUAUAUUAGCUAGCUAACUACUCUCAAUUGUUUUGGAGGAUAUAGGAACACUGAACAUGCACUCAAACUGCUACUGCUUGCUGGCACUUUGUGUACAGCUCCACACACACACACACACACACACACACACACACAGAUCUGACCUAACCUGCUGCCAUCAAACACGCACCAACAACCAAAAAAACCCCCACAACCAAUCACAGCUGACACUCAAACGCCAAUACAUGUGUGCCAAUACAAGCAGCUGUCAAAUGAGGCCCAGCAUUUGCUGUUAGCAUAGCGACCGCUUAAUAUUUACACACAGGUAUGAGCUGCAGGAGGAAAACAAAGGCUCCUCGCAUUAACUAUUCAUUUGACGCUGAUUAAUUCAUACGGCCUUCGCUGAUGUGGUUAGAUGAGAGGAUAGGUCACUGUGUGUUUCAGUUUUAAACAUCUCAACAAUAAAAACAAACUCUCACAGUCGCUGAAGUUAAAGACACCACAUUCAAAGACUUUUUUUUUAGGAUUGUUAAAUGCACAUUUUAGUGUUACGAGCAGGAGUAUACAUGUGCUUUCUUCUUUAAAUACAAAAAAAGUGCCAUGUGUUGAUUUACAGAGUAGUAUUAUUAUUGACACACUCGAAUAAGAGACUGUCAGACUGAUUUAAAGUGUUAGAGGCGGUGAUCAAUACACAUUUAACACACCAAAUGGAGACUGGACUUAACAAAGUGACUAUCUAACCAAACAAACACAGAGUAUUUAUUUGAGACUGGUUGUUUGUAUGUUACCUGGACAUUUUAGCUGGAUGAUGUGAUACAUAACUUAUGAAUUAUAUGUUUGUUAAUUUAUUUAAAAUCUGUUAUUUAUUAAUUUAUUCAAUAUCUACCCAUGCAUUGACUUUGUCUGCUAAAAUUUACAGUCCGUCACUAGUUUAUCGCAGCUAUCUGACAGUUUGAAUUGGCUUAAAUUUGAUAUCUUAUAUUGAUGAUGAUGAUGAUGAUAUUGCACUUUGUAGUAACAAGAUGAGAUGACGCAGCCGCUUAGAUUCAUAGUUCUUAUAGUGCAUGAUAAAUAGAAAUUUAGGCUAAUGGGCUUUUAGUGCAAAAAUAUCUUGUCUCCCAGCUGUCGGUGGGAAUAUUUCCUAAAAUUUCUAUUAGUGUGUGGUACAGUAUUUUUCAAAAUGUUGAAAUGUCAAAACAAGAAAAAGGAGACGCUUUAGAUGACAAGUAUUUGAGUCUUGGGUCGGCAGAUAUUGUCUUUACAAGUAUUUUAGAGGUGUAUCAGCCUAUUUUGUGUUGCACAUCUCUUAGCUAUUUAAUCUCAGACACUGUAUAUGAAACUUUAGUGCAACGUUAGACUUAAGAGGCAACAUAACCCUGCAUGUCAUCCUCAGUUUGUUUCCAUUUAGUCAUAAAUAUUGAGGCUAGAUGUGCGGCUGUGAGCUCCCGUUAGCUGUUGUUUCACUGUUGUUCUGCAGCUGGUUGGGUUUCUCCCCCUCCAUUAAUGUAGCGUAGCUCUGAGCUGAUGUUUUCUAUGAGCCAACAUGGCUGUAACGUUACAGUAUGAACUGUGUUGUGAGGUUUAAGGAGUUACGGGAGAACUGAAAAUGAAUGUUUCCUAAAGGAGAGAGGGAAAAUACUAAAUGCCUAUAUUGUAUUGUAGCACUUUCUGCUCUAUGAAAUCUUUCCUCUGGUUCCCUUUCUCUCUCUUUCUGUCUUUCCCCUGUCCACAUGAGUUAUUGGACCUACUAACAUAUCUCUUCUGCCCCCCCCAUUGGUCCCUAUGAUAAUGCUAUUUUUAAAAGAAUUAUACAGAUGUAUUAAAAAAACCCGAAAAUUAUGUUUGUCGACACUCAAGACGAAUAGAGACAUAUAAAUACAGCUUAUGCCAUAGUUUAUUCUUUAACAAAUAAAUAAAUAUAUUAUUAUUAUUAUUAUUAUUAUUAUUAUCACAUUGUACAUUAUUGAUGUAUAAUAUUUCGUAUAUUUAGCACACAUGGGUUUGUAUUUAUCAAACUAAGAAUUAUGUAAGAAUGCUCUAAGUAGUAAGUAAGGACUAAAUUGUUCACUUGCUGCAAAGAAUGAGACAUUGAUUAUUGAUCACGUCAGACAGGAUUAGUCACUGACACAAAGAUUUAUUGUCUGUCACCUGUCAAAUUGUUAAUUCUGCAAAACAAUGCUUACAGUUUGCUCAGUUUUACUGAAAAAAUAUAGGUGAUUUUUUUUUUUUAACUGAAAUCGUUAAUACUUUCAGUAACAAUUACCAUGUGCAGUAAUGACAAUCUUAAAUAUUCAUAAUAUAUAAUUAGUGCUGAAACUGGAGGCGGGAGGAAGCAAAAAAGAUAGAAACUACCCUAUUCUGAAUUGUUCUUAUUGCUUCAGAUGAACAGGUACAAUCACUCCAAAAGUGAGAAGGAGUUUCUUAAAUAGAUUUUAUUAAUAAAGCAGCUCUUUGACAUUUUGGGAAAUACGCUUAUUUACUUUCUUGCAGAGUCAGAUGAGAAAAUUGUCACUGCUCACAUAUUGUCAGUUAUAAACAUGAAGCUACAGCUAGCAGCAAGUUAGCUUUAGCUUAGCUCAAAGAGAGGAAACAGCUAGCAUGACUCUGUUCAAAGGUAUAAAAAAUCUGCCCGUUAGAGCCUCUUCAUAGUAUUUUCUUCCCUGUGUGAGGAUUUAAAAUAUAUAUAUAUAUAUUUAUAUAUAUGAAUGAUUUAAUUAGUGAGCUUUAGAGAUGCUAGUAGGCAGAUUUGUACAGAGCCAGGCUAGCUGUUUCCUCAUGUUGCUAAGCUAAGCUAACCAACGGCUUGCUGUAGCUUCAGACAUGAGAGUGUAUUCAAUAUUUUUAUCUAACUCUUGACAAGAAAACAAAUAUAUUUAAGUUUGUGAGCAGAAGGAAAAGUUAAGGAUUUUUGCUUUUAUCUGACACAUUGAGCCCAAAAUUUCACAGUUAGCAGUUUGAUAAAUACAGGCCCUGUCCUCAUCUGAACGACAUGUUGAUAUUUCAGUGUUAGACGAGUAAAUGAAGCUCAGUGCUGUUUAGUAUUGUUAUUGUACAGAAGGCUCUGGGAGUGAGUGUGUGUCUACUGAAUAGAGUCACUCCCAGCAUUAUCUAGUUUAUACGGCGCUAGGCUGCAUCUCCCUGUGUGCUUUCUGAUAGGACUCCAUGUCUUUGCUCAGCAACAUGAACCAUAGCUGUUUACUACACAGCUGGGAGGUGUGGUUCUCAUUUAAUUAUUAUUUUUAUUUUUUGUUUUAAUUUGUUUUUGAGCUUGUACAGUAAAUGCGACGGGUUGCUUGUUCAAAGAGCCAAAAAUUACCUGUGUACAUGUGGUUCUCUUGGGGUUUAUUAUUCUAAUUAUGUUCAUGGAUGUGUUGCACAUGCAUUGGUUGUUUCUGACUUCAGUUGUUUCAGUAACAAAUAAAGAAUCAUUUUGGGUUGUGAACGACA